UAAAAUAAAUAAAAAUCAUCCGAACUUCCAAACCACGUAAUCCCUUCACAACACGAGACCAUCUUCUUCUGCUUCUUUAUCUUCAUUCCUCCUUCGGAUAUAAACCCUCAAAUCUUUCAGAAGGGAUAGCAAAAUUUCAGUUCCAAAAUGUCACUCUCAAUCCAAAACCAUAUCCAAAACCUCUCAUUUUCGAGGUCUUUAACAUAUCAAAACCCUCUCUUCCUCCAUUCCAAACUCUCCCACUUAACGCUCCAAACCCACCUCCCUCCGAACCCCAAAACCACCAACACCACCAUUAUCCGAAUGGGAGGAGGACCCAGAACCUACCCAGGCGGCGUAUCGAAGUGGCAAUGGAAGCGCAUGCAGGCAAAGAAAGCCAAACAACUCCUCAAGGCUCGGCUAUGCCGUGAGCGUCAGAUUUACGAGAUGCGCAAAAGGGCCGAGCUCAAAGCGGCUGUAUCGGAGCUAGAACGGCCAUGGGAAGUGGUAGAGAAAGCACCCAACUUGUUCUCCGUGAAAGCCGACGAGCAAUUGAAGGUCUUGGCCGAUCGGUUCCAGAAGCCCGGUGGGUUCGACAUGUGGACCGAGAAGGAUGGACCACAGUUGUUUCAGACCCCGGACGAAUUGCCCUCCGCGAGGUUUUUCCCCAAAGGGGUCGUUCACAGCGUGAAACCUUAUAGAAGGAUUUCUGGUUCCGGUGAGUUAGGGGAUGAUGAAGAAGAUGGUUUAGGUUCGGAAAAUGGGAACUCUGGGUUGAUUGAAGGAGGACACCGAAAUGGGGAUAAGAAUGUUAAGAGGUCUUCUGGGAGGAAUUUUAGAGGUGGGUCUGGGUCUGGUUCUGGGUCUUUUAGUGAGGAAGGGGGUGAGAACGGUGAGAGUUCAAGUUCAGAGAUUUCUUCUGAAUCACCAGGAAAUCAGAAAGUUGGAAGGAAACACAAUGGUAGAUUGAGGAACAAGAAAAAUAGGAGAAGAUUUGGGUCUGUGGAUUUGAAUGGUUCAGGAGGUGGAUUUGAUUCAGGACAAAGUGGGUUCAAUAGGAAACAAAGGUGGCAGAAUGGCCGCUACAGUAGAGGCAAUUGUUCAUCGAAGCUGAAUGAUUCACAGUCUGAAGUUUAUGAUAUGAGUUUACAACAAGACGGUAGUUAUGGGUUUCGAUCGAAUAAUAGCCGGUAUGAGUCAAAUUCUGGGACAAACAAUAGAGUUGAAUUUCAGAGAUUCUGAAUUUUGCAGCCAUGAUAAUGUAUAGUUAGAGGCUGGACUGGCGAGUUACUUCCACUAAGAAGAAAAUAAGGACUAGAUCUAGAUAGUGCUGUGGAACUGUGAAAUUGACAAUGAAGAGCCACUUAUGGUAAUGCUAUGAACAGAGACAUUUCCACUGUAUGCAAAGAUUUAAUCAGGAAAUCUUUCUCGUUUGAAGUUGAGAAGGGAUCAUGGCUCAAAUGAUGAUAAGAUAAGACGUUCACCUCCAAAAUGUACGUGUUAUGUGUAUAUAUAAUGGAAGCUUAAUUUUUAUCAUUGUGUAUGUUUCCUUGCACUAAAUUUACUCUAUCCAUUACAUUAUGUUAAUAGCA